GCAGGAACUGGGCGGGGGGCGGCGCCGAGAGGAGCUGGAGCCCGAGCCAGUCCCCGGAGCGAGCGCGCGGGGAGCCCGGCCUGGCGGGCACCGAGCGGCCCUGGUCCGGCGGGGGCGCGGGGCGUGGGGAACAGGCGCGGGCCGUGGGGGGCUGCCCCGGACCCACCAUGAACACCAAGAAGAAAGGGAGCCCCGCGCGGACUCAUUCCAUGAUGUCCCUGUCGGUGCGGCCGCAGCGCCGCCUGCUCAGCGCCCGGGUCAAUAGGAGCCAGUCCUUCGCAGGCGUCCUCGGCAGCCAGGAGCGGGGGCCCAGGAGCUUCGCGGCCUUCAGCCCCCCGGGCCCCCCGCGGAAGGCCCCAGCGGCGCUCUCUCGGGUGUCCAGGAUGUUCGCAGUGGCGCACCCAGCCCCCAAGGUCCCGCAGCCCGAGCGGCUGGACCUGGUGUACGCGGCGCUCAAGCGGGGCCUGACGGCCUAUCUGGAAGUACACCAGCAGGAGCAGGAGAAACUCCAAGUGCAGAUAAAGGAAUCCAAGAGGAACUCCCGCCUGGGCUUCCUGUAUGACCUAGACAAGCAAGUCAAGUCCAUUGAACGCUUCAUGCGACGGCUGGAGUUCCAUGCCAGCAAGAUCGACGAGCUGUAUGAGGCAUACUGUGUCCAGCGGCGACUCCGGGACGGCGCCUACAACAUGGUCCGUGCCUACACCACCGGGUCCCCAGGGAGCCGUGAGGCCCGGGACAGCUUGGCCGAGGCCACUCGCGGGCAUCGAGAGUACACGGAGAGCAUGUGUCUGCUGGAGAGCGAGCUGGAGGCACAGCUGGGAGAGUUCCACCUCCGGAUGAAAGGACUGGCUGGCUUCGCCAGGCUGUGUGCGGGUGAUCAGUAUGAGAUCUGUAUGAAAUACGGGCGUCAGCGCUGGAAACUACGCGGCCGCAUUGAGGGUAGCGGAAAGCAGGUGUGGGACAGCGAGGAAACGGUCUUUCUUCCUCUGCUCACGGAAUUCCUGUCCAUCAAGGUGACAGAGCUGAAGGGCCUGGCCAACCACGUGGUCGUAGGCAGCGUCUCCUGCGAGACCAAGGACCUGUUUGCCGCCCUGCCCCAGGUUGUGGCUGUGGACAUCAAUGACCUCGGCACCAUCAAACUCAGCCUGGAAGUCACGUGGAGCCCCUUCGACAAAGAUGACCAGCCCUCGGCUGCUUCUACUGUCAACAAGGCCUCCACAGUCACCAAGCGCUUCUCCACCUACAGCCAGAGCCCGCCAGACACACCCUCGCUUCGGGAACAGGCCUUCUAUAAUAUGCUGAGGCGGCAGGAGGAGCUGGAGAACGGGACAGCGUGGUCCCUGUCAUCCGAGUCUUCGGACGAUUCGUCCAGUCCGCAGCUCUCGGGCACUGCCCGCCACUCCUCGGCCCCGAAGCCCCUGGUGCAGCAGCCUGAGCCUCUGCCCAUCCAAGUGGCCUUCCGUAGGCCUCAGAUCCCCACCUCCGGGCCCACGGAGGAGGAGGGAGCCGCGGCCCCCAUCCUGGCCAAUGGGCACGCCCCCUACAGCCGGACUCUCAGCCACAUCAGCGAGGCCAGUGUGGAUGCCGCCUUGGCUGAAGCUUCAGUGGAGGCCGAGGGCCUGGAAAGCCAGCGAUCUAACCUGCCUGCACACCCAACUCCCACCACUAGGGAGCAUCCUGGUCCUGUCCCUACUGCCCCGGGCCCUGACCGUUCUGCCACAAGCCCCCCUCUCAGGGCACUAGGCCCUGCUCACACAUCCACAGACCCUGUCCCAUCUGUACAUCAAAACUCUUUUCGCAAGGCUGCAGACUCCAGCUCUCGUGAAUUGCCAGGCCCCGCCCACACUACUCCAAGCUCUACCUGUAGUGCCAUAAGCCCCACCAGCCGUGCUCCAAGCGUCACUCACACUGUCACAGGCUCUACCCACAAGCCAAAGCCCUCUACCCUCCCUGCUACAGGCCCUACCCCCAUUGACACGGGCCCAGGCCAGACCACCACCACCACAAGUCCCACCGACAAGCCAGUGCUUUCUACCCUCACUACUGCAGGCCACAGCCCCAACACUACGAGCCCAGUCCAGACCACAAGCCCCAGCCACCCUGUCACAAACCCGACAGAUAUUGUCACAAGCCCUACCGUCAAGCCCAUACUCUCUACCCCCACUACUACAGGCCCUACACCAAGUGCCCAGAGCACAGCCCAGCCUACCACAAUGCCCACCCAUACCACCACAAGCCCCUCCCACGCCACAAGCCCCACCCACACAACCACAAGCCCCUCCCACGCCACCACAAGCCCCACCCACACAACCACAAGCCCCACCCAUGCCACCACAAGCCCCACCCACACGACCACAAGCCCUACUCACAAAGCCAGUAUGUCUACUCACACUACUGUAAGUCCAACCACUGAUGCUAAGGACCCAGUCCAGACCACCAGAAGCCCCACCCACACUGUCACAAGCCCCACCCUUGUAACUGUAAGCCCUUCCACUUCUCCAGACCUUGCCACGCUCCCCAGCCCCUCUGCACACACGGACCCCAACCCACCAUCCCAUAGCCACCCAGCUUCCACUCCCUGCACUCAGGCAGAUCCCACAGCCCCAAGCACCUCCCACCCAAGCCCUGCCUGCUCCAGUUCCGAACCUCUUACAACCCUCUCCCCAGACCCUCCAGAGCCCAUCCUUCAGAACCCAAGCCCCCCUCCCUCACCCUUCACCCCUGGGCCCCAGCAUUCAGACGUUAGCCUGGCCACGACUGCCCAGGCCCCAGUUCCAGGAGCGACAGGAGGAGCUGGAGACAGGAGGCUGGAGGAGGCCCUGGGGGCCCUGAUGGCUGCCCUGGAUGACUAUCGUGGCCAGUUCCCAGAGCUGCAGGGCCUGGAGCAGGAGGUGAUCCGGCUGGAGAGUCUGCUCAUGAGGCAGGGCCUGACUCGCAGCCGGGCCUCCAGUCUUAGCAUCACUGUGGAGCACGCCCUGGAGAGCUUCAGCUUCCUCAAUGAGGACGAAGAUGAAGACAAUGAUGGUCCUGGAGACAGGCCCCCAAGCAGCCUGGAGCCUAAGGCUGAAGACAGCCUCGCCUCGCCCAGUGCCCGCCCCCUCAGCACGGAGUGUCCAGCUCUGGACACUGCCUUGGUCCAGCACCUGUACUACUGCAGCCGCCUCCUGCUGAAACUGGGCACCUUCGGGCCCCUACGCUGUCAGGAGGCCUGGGCCCUGGAGCGACUGCUGCGGGAGGCCCGCGUGCUGGAGGUGGUGUGCGAGCUUAGCAGGCGAUGGGAAGCCCCUGCCACUUCCGCCCAGGAAGUGGUGCAGUUCUCAGCCUCUCGGCCUGGCUUCCUGACCUUCUGGGACCAGUGCACAGAGGGCCUUAGCCCCUUCAUCUGCCCCGUGAAGCAGGUGCUCCUCACCUUCUGCAAUCAGUAUGGUGCCCGUCUCUCCCUGCGCCAGCCAGGCUUAGCUGAGGCCGUGUGUGUGAAGUUUCUGGAGGAUAUGCUGGGGCAGAAGCUGCCGAGGAGGCCCCAGCCCGGCCCCGGAGAGCAGCUCACCGUCUUCCAGUUCUGGAGUUACGUGGAGACCUUGGACAGCCCCUCCAUGGAGGCCUACGUGACGGAGACCGCUGAGGAAGUGUUACUGGUGCAGAAUCUGAACUCCGACGAUCAGGCCGUUGUGCUCAAGGCCCUGAGGUUGGCACCCGAGGGGCGGCUGCGAAGGGACGGGCUUCGGGCCCUCAGCUCCCUGCUCGUCCACGGCAACAACAAGGUCAUGGCUGCGGUCAGCACCCAGCUCCGGAGCCUGUCGCUGGGCCCUGCCUUCCGGGAAAGGGCCCUCCUGUGCUUCCUGAACCAACUCGAGGAUGAGGACGUGCAGACGAGAGUGGCGGGCUGCCUGGCCUUAGGCUGCAUCAAGGCCCCUGAGGGCAUUGAGCCCCUGGUGUACCUGUGCCAAACGGACACAGAAGUCGUGAGGGAGGCUGCUCGGCAGAGCCUGCAACAGUGCGGGGAAGAGGGACAGUCUGCCCACCGACGGCUAGAAGAGUCGCUGGACGCCCUGCCCCGCAUCUUCGGGCCCGGCAGCAUGGCCAGCACAGCCUUCUGAACUGCCCACCCUCUGGCUCAGUGCCACAUCCCCCCACUUUCAGGGUUCACCAGGUGGCAGGGAGGGUGAGGGCUGGCUCCAGACACCCCUCCCCCACAUAUUCCUAUCAAUGAAAAUCUAAUAUAUUCUUCAGUUGCCCUUGGGGGUUGGUAGAGUCAGUGCCUGUAGUCAAGUGCCUCCCAGCCUCAGCUCAGCACACUUGCCACAGAUCAGUGCCCCAGUGCCCCGGGCCUGGCCAUCCUGCCUCUGCCCCAUCACCUCCCCAGGUUUUGUAUUUUAUUUACAGAGUUUUACAGAAAAUAAUAAAAAAAAGCAAAAUGCCUUUCCUA